AUGGAAUCGCGCGUAGAAUCGUCCAUUACAAAGCUUCUUUUAGCAACAAAACAGUUGCUGGAGGUGCUUAACGGGUGGUCUCAUGGAACAGCGGAAGAACAUGAUGUUUCAGAUGUUUAUGUGCGGCUAGGAAACGAAUUUAAUCAUGCAUCAGUGGCUUUUUUGGAGGAAAGAAUUGAUAUUUCAGAUCUUGCAACAAUUCCGGAAGAUUUACGGCUGAUUUUGGAGAGUACACUUGCAGAGGAGGCGUCUCCAGAGGCAUUGGAGCGUUAUUUGCCAAGGAUCCGGGCCAUUAUUAUCAAUCUUCUCCAGGGCCUUAAAUGCAAGCAGGCAGAAUACCGUUCACGUAGAGAACGGGGGUAUGCAACACCGUGCAAGCAGAAAUCUGGAUCAACACAGCUUUUUGGUGCACAUAUGUCGUCGCCAUCGAGUGGAUCUACACUGCAGAAUGAAACACCGUCUGGGAAUUCUGUUUCUGAUGCACCCCUUUCUGGUUCUAUAGAUAAAGGAUCGUCGUCAUCACAUAAUGUUUCAUCAUCUUUCUUAACGGCGCAUCAAGCUACGGAGAAAAAUGCACCGUAUGGCAUAGGGUCGUCAUCUCCUUUUUCCAGUCCUCAGCAGGCGAUUCCUACGUCAAUUGUAUCGUCUUCGGAUUUCUCUUCGCCUUAUCCUUUAUCCAGUACAAACGAUUCAGCAACAUCGACCCGCCAAUGGCCAAAAGGGCAUGCGUUUGCGUCUCUUCAACGCAAUGAUGCUCUUAACAAAGGACCAGACAAGCACUAUCCUUCAUAUAUGUCCCGUCUUUCAGCGGAUCAUAUAUCUCCAUUACAAAAUAUCUCUCAGAUAUCUAAAGACAAGAAAUCAUCUACUCUUGAUGUUUUGGGGAAAGGCACGGAAAACAAUGCUCUUCCUCAGAAUAGUCAAUCACCUUUAGCACCAUAUGAUGAUCUAUCUGGCAAAAAUACAAAUGUCCAUGAUUCACAAACACUUUUGGAAACUGAAUUAUCGCAAAACCAUACACAGUGUAAGCAAAAACCAGCCACGCUCACUCUUUUUUUACAGUUUGGGUCUCAAAUAAAAAAGGUUAUUCACGACAAAGAUAUUACUCUAGAUAAUCUUCGAAUCCUCUUCACAGAAAAAUUCCAAUUCACUUUAGACAACAAUAGUUUCCCUCCUUUUUAUAUUCAAGACAUUCAUACUAAAAUUUUAUAUGAGCUUGAGGAUAUGCAAGAUAUUAAGGAUCAUAGUUUAAUAUCUUUAAAAAUACAAGCUGAAGACACAUCAAAAAAAAUACUCGAAGAAGAACUUUCUUCAUUAACGAAAGAGUUUCAAUCAUUAAAAACAUCAAUUGAAGGGCAAAAAGAAAUGAUCUCAGAAAUGACAUCAAGACCAUCAACAUGCCUAUCAAAAUCUACAAUAGAAUCUUUUUCUAAACAAGAAACUACUAUUUUAAAAAUACAAAAAAGCUGUCCAUAUAUUAUUAAAAAUAUCCGUGAGGAAUUAGAAACUCUUCGUAAUAUAUAUACUAAAUUUGCAUCAUCUAUAAAAACUUCAAUGUUAGACAUUGAAGCAAAGGCUAAAAAAGUUAAGGAAGUUACUAUUAAAAAAUUAGGGGGUUCUCGUGAUUUUAUUGAGUUGGGAAAGAAAAAACUUGAAACUGAAACACAAUCUCUUGUAACAAGAAUUGAAAAUCUUAGUGAUCUUGUUGGCAAUCUUCGUGUUGAUGUCAUUAAUAAAAAGACCAGACCAUCAUCUCAACAAUUCGAUGAUAUACGCAAGGAAGAAGCCCAAAUUCAAAAAGAUAUGAUUUCUCUUAUUAGUCAUCUAGAAAACCUUAGUCCCUGUUGGAGGCAGCUAUGGGAAACAGAAUUACAAAAUGUUGUUGAAGAACAAGAAUUUUUGACGCAUCAAGAAGGUUUUAUUGAGGAUUUGAAAAGUGAUAUUAGUGCAACAAUGGACAUAUUUGCAAAUAUUGUUACAUAUUAUGAAUACAAAGAGAAAAGAAUUCAUCGUUCAAGUCAUUCUAUAACAACACAAGAUUCUAUUAGCUCAUCAAAUACACAUCACUCUGAAGCUCGAAAUACAAAAUUAGAAAAUAUCAGAAAUAAUUCUAUCGAAAAAGAGGGAAAACACAAAGAAACCAAUUUUGUGUUUCACAUUGAUAAAUUUAAAAAUGAGCUUAAUGAAUUCAUAACCAACGUUAAGUUUAAAAAGACAGGUUGCAUGAAUGAUAUAGAGCGUUUUAGAGAAGAAAAAGAUAAUACUAAUUUAAAGGAAAUUUAUUUUUUCAUAAAGCAUUCAAAAAGCACUUUAGGUACUAAUCAAGAUGAGACUAAGGAAAAUAAUUCGACAGAAGUAUUAAAAUCCGAACCUUUAAACGACGAUAAAUCAGAAGAUGUAUCUAUAGAGCCGUCAGAAACAAACCCACCAGAUAAAGAUAAUCUUGUUUUAACGUCAAAAACAUCAGAUUAG